GGAAAAAAUGGGGGCUAAAGGGAAGGUGCCCAGGAAGGGGAGCGCUGCGCCCGUCGUGGGUCGAGCCAGCACCGACGGGAAGAGGCUGAAGGGGGGCCGUGAAGGAGGAAGUGAAACGGGUUCUGGGUUCUUUAAGGGAGUGGGCGGUGAGAGUGGGACAAGGGUGAUGUCACCGCCUGUCGAGCCCCGCCCUCCUCCCUCUCUAAGGACCCCCCCACACUUACACACGCCGCUUCCGCUGCGCAAGUAGCCACGUCACGGGCAACCCCCGAAAUCCCCCCUCCCUUGGGGGGCGGGGGCCACGUGGGCCGUGGGGAACCGCGUGGCCCUGCCGGGGAAGGGCAUAGAGGAUACCGGAGCCACGCGAGAGGGGCCACCCGGAACCGCGGUGCGCGACUUCUCAGAAGUUGGGGAAUUAAGGAGGUUUGGGUUUUGGGGGUCGCUUUGUUUUGAAGACCCAGAGAGGAGAAGUGGAGGAGCAGAAGGACUGGGGCAGCGGGGCAGUGGGCGUCUUGGACGGUCUGGCUGGGACCACCGGCGGCUCCGUGGGCUGUUACUGAGGCGGAGACACGGGUGAUGAUUGGCUUUCUGGGGAGAGAGGAAGUCCUGUGAUUGGCCGGAUCUCUGGAGAGCUCGCCGACGCUAUUAGGACGCUCCCACGGAGGCCGGUAGAUUUGGCUGUGAAAGGUCCUGGACAGCAAUCUGGGGGCAGUGGGCACUCCUGUCAGAGCAGCUGGAGCGGGACCGUCGCCCCAGAGAGCUGGGGCAGGGGGCCGUGCCCGAUCUCCAGGGCUCCUGGGGCCACUGCUGACCUGGCUGAAUGCAUCGGGCAGUGGACCCUCCAGGGGCCCGCGCUGCACGGGAAGCCUUUGCCCUUGGGGGCUUGAGCUGUGCUGGGGCCUGGAGCUCCUGCCCGCCCCAUCCCCCUCCUCGAAGCGCAUGGCUGCCUGGAGGCAGGUGCUCUUCCAGCAUUGGGCAGUCCCCACUCUCUGCUCCCCUAACCCCUUCACAUGGCAGUAGCUGUGGCCACCCCAACAAACCGUAUUAUGCUCCAGGGACACCCACCCCAAGACCCCUCCAUGGUAAGCUGGAAUCCUUGCACAGCUGCGUGCAGGCAUUGCUCCGGGAACCAGCCCAGCCAGGGCUGUGGGAGCAGCUUGGGCAACUGUACGAGUCAGAGCAUGACAGUGAGGAGGCCAUACGCUGCUACCACAGCGCCCUACGCUAUGGAGGAAAUUUGGCUGAACUGGGGCCCCGCAUUGGCCGACUACAGCAGGCCCAGCUUUGGAACUUUCAUGCCGGCUCCUGCCAGCAUAGAGCCAAGGUUCUACCCCCACUGGAGCAAGUGUGGAACUUGCUGCACCUUGAGCACAAGCGGAACUACGGGGCCAAGCGGGGGGGUCCCCCAGUGAAGCGGGCUGCUGAACCCCCAGUGGUACAGCCUGUGCCUCCUGCAGCACUCUCAGGCCCCUCUGGGGAGGAGGGCCUCAGCCCUGGAGGCAAGCGCAGGAGAGGCUGCAACUCUGAACAGACUGGCCUUCCCCCAGGACUGCCGCUGCCUCCACCAUUACCACCACCACCGCCACCACCCCCACCUCCACCCCCUCCCCCACCCCUGCCUGGCCUAGCCACCAGCCCUCCAUUUCAGCUGACCAAGCCAGGGCUGUGGAGUACCCUGCAUGGAGAUGCCUGGGGCCCCGAGCGUAAGGGUUCAGCACCCCCAGAACGCCAGGAGCAGCGGCACUCGCUCCCUCACCCAUAUCCAUACCCAGCCCCAGCCUACACCGCACACACCCCCGGCCACCGGCUGGUCCCGGCUACACCCCCAGGGCCAGGCCCCCGCCCCCAAGGAGCAGAGAGCCAUGGCUGCCCGCCUGCCACCCGUCUCCCUGGAAGUGACCUUAGAGAGAGCAGAGUUCAGAGGUCGCGGAUGGACUCCAGCGUUUCACCAGCAGCAACCACCGCCUGCGUGCCUUACGCCCCUUCCCGGCCGCCCGGCCUCCCCAGUACCACCAGCAGCAGUAGCAGCAGCAGCAGCAGCACUGGUCUCCGGGGCGCUGAGCUGAGCCCAGGCCUUCCUGGUGCCGACCAUUACCAAACUCCCAUGCUGGAGGGCUCCUCUCACCAAGGGCGCCUGGGGCCCUCGGCACACAGCAGUCGGAAACCGUACCUGGUGGCUCCCGCUGCCACACCCCACCUGUCCUUGCCACCUGGCCUACCCUCACCUCCUGCACCCCCCUGUCCCCGCCUUCUACGCCCUCCACCGCCCCCUGCCUGGCUGAAGGGCCCUGCCUGCCGGGCAGUCCGUGAGGAUGGAGAGAUCUUAGAGGAGCUCCUCUUCGGGGCUGAGGGACGCCCCCGCCCUCUACCACCACCCCUCCCCCACCGCGAGGGCUUCUUGGGGCCUUCAGCUCCCCGCUUUUCUGUGGGCACUCAGGAUUCGCACACCCCUCCCACUCCCUCAACCACCAGCAGCAGCAAUGGCAGCCACAGCAGCAGCCCUACUGGGCCUGUGUCCUUUCCCCCACCUCCGUAUAUGACCAGAAGUAUGGACCCUCUUCCCCGGCCUCCCAGCCCAACACUGAGCACCCAGGACCCACCCCUUGCACCCCUGACUCUUGCUCUGCCUCCAGCCCCUCCCUCCUCCUGCCACCAAAAUACCUCAGGAAGCUUCAGGCACCCGGAGAGCCCUCGGCCCAGGGUCUCCUUCCCAAAGACCCCCGAGGUGGGGCCAGGGCCAUCCCCAGGUCCCAUGAAUAAAGCUCCCCAGCCUGUGCUGCCCAGCGUUGGGGACCUGCCUGCUCGAGGCCCUCGACUCUUUGAUUUUUCCUCUACCCCACUGGAGGACCAGUUUGAAGAGCCAGCUGAAUUCAAGAUCCUACCUGACGGGCUGGCCAACAUCAUGAAGAUGCUGGAUGAAUCCAUUCGCAAGGAGGAGGAGCAGCAACAACAGGAGGCGGGCGCAGUUGCCCCACCACCCCCGAAGGAGCCCUUCACAUCUCUGCAACCUCCGUUUCCCCCUGACACGGCCCCAAGCACCGCUGCUGCCACAACUACCGCCACCACCACCACCACCACGGCCACCCAGGGAAAGGAGAAGAAGCCACCACCAGCCCUACCACUACCGCCACCUCUCGCCAAGUUCCCACCACCACCCCAGCCACAGCCACCGCCACCCCCACUACCCCCACCAGCCAACCCCACCAGCCUGCUCAAAUCCUUGGCCUCCGUGCUGGAGGGACAAAAGUACUGUUACCGGGGCACUGGAACAGCUGUUUCCACCCGGCCUGGGCCCUUGCCCACCACUCAGUAUUCCCCUGGUCCCCCAUCAGGUGCUACCACCCUGCCAUCCACCUCAGUGGCCCCUAGUGCCCAGGGCUCCCCACAGCCCUCCGCUUCCUUGUCAUCUCAGUUCUCUACCUCAGGUGGGCCCUGGGCCCGGGAGCGCAGGGCAGGCGAAGAGCCAGCUCCGGGCCCCAUAACCCCUGCCCCGCCGCCCCCACCCCUGCCUCUGCCCCCUGCUCGCUCUGAGUCUGAGGUGCUAGAAGAGAUCAGUCGGGCUUGUGAGACCCUUGUGGAGCGGGUGGGCCGAAGUGCUGCAGACCUGGAAGACCCAACAGACACAGCAGACCCAGUGGACAGUGGGGCUGAGCGACUGCUGCCUGCUGCCCAGGCCAAGGAGGAGAGCAGUGGGGCGGCAGCAGGACCGGACAGCAGCAAGCGGCGGCAGAAAGAGCACCAGAAGGAGCACCGGCGGCACCGGCGGGCCUGUAAGGACAGUGUGGGUCGGCGGCCCCGUGAGGGCAGGGCCAAGGCCAAGGCCAAGGCCCCCAAAGAAAAGAGCCGCCGAGUGCUGGGGAACUUGGACCUGCAGAGCGAGGAGAUCCAGGGUCGUGAGAAGGCCCGGCCUGAUCUCAGUGGGGCCUCUAAGGCCAAGCCACCCACAGCUCCAGCCCCUCCACCAGCUCCUGCACCCUCUGCCCAGCUCAUACCCCCAUCAGCCACUGUCCCUGGGAAGAAGGCUCGGGAGGAAGCCUCAGGGCCACCAAGUGUCAGCCGGGCUGACAUGCUGAAGCUGCGCUCACUUAGUGAGGGCCCCCCCAAGGAGCUGAAGAUCCGGCUUAUCAAGGUAGAGAGUGGGGACAAGGAGACCUUUAUCGCCUCUGAGGUUGAAGAGCGGAGGCUACGCAUGGCGGACCUCACCAUCAGCCACUGUGCUGCUGACGUCGUGCGUGCCAGCAAGAAUGCCAAGGUGAAAGGGAAGUUUCGAGAGUCCUACCUUUCCCCUACCCAGUCUGUGAAACCGAAGAUCAACACUGAGGAGAAGCUCCCCCGGGAAAAACUCAACCCGCCCACACCCAGCAUCUAUCUGGAGAGCAAAAGAGAUGCCUUCUCGCCAGUGCUGCUGCAGUUCUGUACAGACCCUCGAAAUCCCAUCACCGUGAUCCGGGGUCUGGCGGGCUCUCUGCGGCUCAACUUGGGCCUCUUCUCCACCAAGACGCUGGUGGAGGCAAGUGGCGAGCACACGGUGGAGGUGCGCACCCAGGUGCAGCAGCCCUCAGAUGAGAACUGGGAUCUGACGGGCACGCGACAGAUCUGGCCCUGUGAGAGCUCCCGUUCCCACACCACCAUUGCCAAGUAUGCGCAGUACCAGGCCUCAUCCUUCCAGGAGUCUCUGCAGGAGGAAAAGGAGAGUGAGGAUGAGGAGUCAGAAGAGCCAGACAGCACCACAGAAACCCCUCCCAGCAGUGCACCAGACCCGAAGAACCAUCACAUCAUCAAGUUUGGCACCAACAUCGACCUAUCUGAUGCUAAGCGGUGGAAGCCCCAGCUGCAGGAGCUGCUGAAGCUGCCUGCCUUCAUGCGUGUCACGUCCACGGGCAACAUGCUGAGCCACGUGGGCCACACCAUCCUGGGAAUGAACACAGUGCAACUGUAUAUGAAGGUCCCUGGCAGCCGAACGCCAGGCCACCAAGAGAACAACAACUUCUGCUCCGUCAACAUCAACAUCGGCCCCGGAGACUGUGAGUGGUUUGCGGUGCACGAGCACUACUGGGAGACCAUCAGCGCCUUUUGCGACCGGCACGGUGUGGACUACCUGACGGGUUCUUGGUGGCCAAUCCUGGAUGACCUCUAUGCUUCCAAUAUCCCUGUGUACCGGUUCGUGCAGCGCCCCGGAGACCUCGUGUGGAUUAACGCGGGGACCGUGCACUGGGUGCAGGCCACCGGCUGGUGCAACAACAUCGCCUGGAACGUGGGGCCCCUCACCGCCUAUCAGUACCAGCUGGCCCUGGAACGGUAUGAGUGGAACGAGGUGAAGAACGUCAAGUCCAUUGUGCCCAUGAUUCACGUGUCCUGGAAUGUGGCUCGCACGGUCAAAAUCAGCGACCCCGACUUGUUCAAGAUGAUCAAGUUCUGCCUCCUACAGUCCAUGAAGCACUGCCAGGUGCAGCGGGAGAGCCUGGUGCGGGCAGGGAAGAAAAUCGCCUACCAGGGCCGGGUCAAAGAUGAGCCCGCCUACUACUGCAACGAGUGCGACGUGGAGGUGUUCAAUAUCCUGUUCGUGACGAGCGAGAACGGCAGCCGCAAUACGUACCUGGUACACUGCGAGGCCUGUGCCCGGCGCCGCAGCGCAGGCCUCCAAGGCGUGGUGGUGCUGGAGCAGUACCGCACCGAGGAGCUGGCGCAGGCCUACGACGCCUUCACGCUGGCGCCAGCCAGCACAUCGCGAUGAGGCCGGACGCCCCGCCGGCCUGCCCACCCGCAGGGCGCCGCGGGGCCACCAGCACACGCCUGGGCUGGACCUAGGUCCCGCCUUUGGCCGGAAAGGGGGUCGGGCUCAGCCCUUCCACCCCAUUGGCAGCUCCCUUCCACUUAAUUUAUUAAGAAAAAAAUUCUUAGGCAAAUAUGAGGAAAAAAGGAAAAAAAAUGGGAGACGGGGGAGGGGGCUAGCAGCCCCUCGCCCACCAGCGCCUCCUCUCACCGACUUUGGCCUUUCUAGCAACAGACACAAGGACCAGGCUCCGGCGGCGGCGGGGGUCACAUACGGGUUCCCUCACGCCUGCCAGCCGCCAGCCCGCCCACCAGGCGCAGAUGCACGCGGCUCGUGUAUGUACAUAGACCUUACGGCAGCCGAGGUUUUUAAUGAGAUUCUUUUUAUGGGCUUUACCCCUCCCCCAGAACCUCCCUUUUUUACUUCCAACGCUAGCUGUGACCCCUGUACAUGUCUGUUUAUUCACUUGGUUAUGAUUUGUAUUUUGUUUUUUUGUUUGUUUUUGUUUUUUGAUUUUAAUUUAUACAGUCCCACUCACCUCUAUUUAUUCAUUUUUGGGAAAACCCGACCUCCCAAACCCCCAAGCCAUCCCGCCCGUCCCUCCAGGGACCGCCCGCCGCCCGGCUCUCCCUGCGCCCCAGUGUGUGUCCGGCCCGGCCUGUCCGCCUCCGCCCGUCCGCGGCCUAGCCGGGUUCUCAUGGUGCUCAAACCCGCUCCCCUCCCCUACAUCCUGCACUUUCUUGGACCAGACCCCCACUCCCGACCCGACCCCAACCCCGCCUGAGGGUGAGCGACUCCUGUACUGUAGGGGAAGAAGUGGGAACUGAAAUGGUAUUUUGUAAAAAAAAUAAUAAUAAUAAAUAAAAAUUUAAAAGUUUUAAAGAAAACUAUGAGGAAAAGGAACCCCGUCCUUCCCAGCCUCGGCCAAUUUUGAAAACAAGGACCUUCCCCUCGUCCCCCCACCUCAUUUUUUUAAGUGUGAAACAGCCCAGGGCCAGGGCCUCACUGGGGCAGGGACACCCCGGGAUGAGUUUCUCUGGGGCUUUUUUCGUUUUGUCGGUUUUUUUAUCCUCCACGCUGGGGCUGCGGAGGGGUGGGGGGUUUACAGUCCCGCCCCCUCGCACUGCACUGUCUCUCUGCCCCAGGGGCAGAGGGGUCUUCCCAACCCUAUCCCUAUUUUCGGUGAUUUUUUGUGUGAGAAUAUUAAUAUUAAAAAUAAAAUCAGAAAGAAAAAGA